AUGGCCGCCGAUAAUCCUCGCAUACCAUUAAUCAACUUGAAUGCAACUGGUGGGAAUUUAAAAUAUACCGAACUAAGGCAUCAAUCACCAUCAGUAGCAAAGACGGAUGCACAUAAACCAUCAGCAACACCACCAGCGACCACCAUCAAUAUACCAACGAAGAUAAUAGUUCACAAUGAGAAAGUAAUAUCAACCCCGAGUACAUCAGUGAACGAUUACGAUCUUCGCCGUUUACCCACUCAACAACGUCGAUUCGUUAAAAAAGCAAUGAUGGCAAAUGUUGGAUAUCGACUAGCAAAACGAAAAGAUCUUCAUAUUAAACGACGUCUGAUAUGUGAUAUUAUGUGUGCCAUUGGUCUAUUAGGAAUAUUUUUAAUGAUAAUUGAAAGUGAACUCACAUUUAAUCGACUCGAUCAUAAAGAUACAACCGUCAGUCUUCUAAUAAAAGCUACAAUUACAUUUACGUCAAUAAUUUUAUUUGGUCUUGUCUUCUAUUAUCAUCGCUUAGAUGUCAAUUUAUACUGUGUGGAUAACUCUAUUGAUGAUUGGAGAAUCGCAUUGACACGUUCAAGAUUAUUAUUAAUUAUUUUAGAAGCACUUGUCUGCGCUAUUCAUCCGAUACCCGGUCACUUCCUUGUUGAAUGGAGUUCUCAAUAUGUUCGUGGUUAUACAAAUCCCAACUUAAAUCCGUAUCAAUCAUCACUGCUUAGUCCAAUAGUGAGUAACUUUUCAUUAACAACAAUAGUGAAUGAAAACUCUAAUAAUGAUAAUUCGGCAACAUCAUCUGUCUCCUAUGUGCCAAUUGAUGUAAUGCUGUCGUUGCCAAUGUUUUUAAGGUUAUAUUUAUUGUGUCGUUUAAUUAUGUUGCGUAGUCAUCUUGUUCGAGAUGCAUCAUCACAAUCAUUGGGCUAUUUAAAUCGAGUGUCAUUUAAUUUUCGAUUUGUUAUUAAAGCGUACAUUACAAAAUCACCAGCUUUCUCAUUAAUGUCAUUUUGUAUCACGUCCUUCUUCAUUGCCAGUUGGUCACUGAGAGCAUGUGAUUACAAUAUUAAAACAGGUCACAUGCGAAUGUUGGAUGCAAUGUGGCUUUUUAUUGUCUCAUUUGCAACAAUUGGUUAUGGUGAUAUUGUACCAUCAACGUACUGUGGACGAGGCAUUGCCGCAAUAUCCGGUUUAAUUGGUGUUUUUUCAACAGCAUUACUGGUAGCUGUUAUUUCACAAAAAUUGGAAUUAACACGUUCAGAAAAAUAUGUUCAUAAUUUUGUAACAGAUAUUGAUUUGGCUAAAAGACAUCGACAUGAAGCGGCGAAUGUUGUAAAAUAUGGCUGGAAGGUUUGGUUUCUGAAACGAAAAGGAAAACAUAUGUUUAUUGAUUAUAUUAAAGCGCAACGAAAAUUAUUAACAUCUAUACAUCGUAUUCGAAAAAUAAAACAUGAACAACGGAAACUAGGUGAUAAUUGUAUAACACUAUUAGAAGUAUAUAAUUCACAAAAACUUUCAAAUGUUACUACUGACGAUGUAUCACAAAAAGUGAUUAGUAUGGAACGUAAAGUAGAUCGUAUUGAAGACAAACUGAUAACAAUGAAUAUAAACUUACAAUCAAUGCAAGAUACAAUGAAUAUUAUAAUAGAUAAAUUGAACUAA